AAGAGCCGCGUGCAGUGUUUUGUGGGAUCAGUGAAUAUUUUUGAUUAAAAAAAAUGGAUAACAAUGAAAUUGAGCUCGUGGGUGCACCGUGUGGAUAUCAUGGACCAUAUACAUUUUAUAAAGCAUUUAAAUAUACAAAAAAUGGUAUUGUUAGAAUAUUAUCAUUAAGUGAAUUUUUUUUCGUGAAAUUGUGGUGUGACUCUGAUUUAGUGUGUAUUGGAGAACUUCAAUUGUUGUGGUUAGACAAAAAUAGUGAACAAAUGUUAGCAAGCCUUCGUUUAUAUUUCCUGCCUGAACAUACACCAGAUGGUAGAUUGGAUCAUGGAGAGGACGAAGUAUUAGCAAUAUCAGAAAAAGUAGUUUUAAGAGUUGAAGAUUUGUUAACAUGGAUCACGUUAGACACAGAAUGGAAUUGGGGUAUGUCGUCAACGUGGAGCAGAGACGUGUCAUCACCGGUUCCAGCAGCAGUUAAAUCUGAAGAUGAUGAUGACCAGGAUCCUUUGGAACAAGAUCCUUUGGCUUUACAUUCAGAUGUUAAAGAUCCACUUGCUGAUUGCAAAGAUCCAUUAUCAGCUGAUGCUAAACCGUUUAUUUGUACUAGAAGAUCAGCACCUGCUCUUACUGAUAGUUUAUUAGAUUUCUCCGAUGUUGAGAAGGAAAGAAAUUUAUUAGAUGAUUCUUGGACAAAGGGUGUUGGCGUAAUGGUUCUUAGCUACCCUCGAUAUUGUCGGUAUCGAGCUCUUAUGAAACGCUUAGAAGAUGUGGAAGAUAAAUGGUUAAAAAAUUCAUUAGUGGCAGCUCUAGGCGGAUUUACAUCACCAUGUAAAAAUACAAAAGUAUUAUUUUGUAAGGAUACAUUUGAUUAUCCUGAUUUAGAAGGACAUGAAUUACUUUGUAACCAUCUAGCGCCUAAAUUAAAAGGCCGGCCUCGUGGUAAAAGAAAAAAACGGAGUAUUUCACCUGGUGGAUCUGAAUCAAAUGAAUCAGAGUCAUCAGUUACAAUUGGAACAUCUGCAAAUGGUCGUACGAGACUUACGAGUACAGGUGGCCGAAAUGGAUUACGAUGUAACACAACCACUUCACCAAGACGUAGCACUCGUUGUGUUCAAAGUACUGAAGAAAAAGACUUUUUAUCCAAAUUAAAUUCGUUUAUGAAGUCACAUCGAACAGCUAUUGGAAGAGUUCCAUCCUUGGGCUUUAAAGAAAUUGAUUUGUACCAAUUUUAUUCAAAAGUACAAAAAUUAGGUGGAUAUGAUAAGGUGACUUCAAAUCGUAUGUGGAAAGUGAUUUACGAUGAACUAGGUGGUAAUCAGAAUAGUACGAGUGCAGCUACUAUAACACGAAGGCAUUAUGAACGGUUAUUAUUAUCCUAUGAGCGAAAAGUUAAAGGAGAAGAACAUAAACCUUUACCAAUAUUGGAAAGGAGAAGACAAAAGAGUAAAUCGGCCAGUAAUAAUGAUGUAGAAAUUAUUGAAAGCAAACCUUCCACAAGUGGCGAACGUGUUACGCCACUUCGUCAAAAUAAUGAUGUAACCGUUCCACCUAUAAUACCAACAAAUAAGGUCUUUACAAUACCUGAAAAGAAGUCUGAUGGUAAGACGUCAUCUUUACGAAGUGUGCGCGUAAAACCAGAUCGAAUGCGUGAAUCAUUAAAACAAGACAAAUUAAUUGCAACUAGUAAUAACGUUAGUAGUACUAGUAGUACCCUUGUUCAACCAAUAAGUACGUCGCCAACAACAGUCACAUCGGCUAUCGUAACACCAAUCACACCUCCAGUACCGUUGCCAACAUCAAUGGCAUCCGUAUUACCAGCUCCAACAGCACCAAUUAGCAUUCCAACAAAUGUUUCACCAAAAGAUCCGCCAUCACUUGCCGCCGAUAAACCAUCUAUGGAAAAUGUUUCAGUGCCAGUUCAACCACAAACAUUGCCAGAUGAAAAAGAGAACACACCAGAAGUGACAAAUAAAGAGAAUAUGUCACAAGAAGCAAAUAAAACAGUAAUCGAAGACGAUGAUGACGAUGAACCUAUUGAAGUUCCAUAUAAACCAAAAACUCCUGAAAUUAUUGACCUAGAAGAUGAUUCGCAACCAUCUCCAAUUACAAUCACACCCGUACCGGAAGUGAAGAAACGAAGAUUAGACAUUUUAAAAGAAGGUGGGCUUGAAGUAACAGCCAUUGCAUCAGCAUUAGAAAUCACACCAAUUACAAAAGAUCCUAGACCUUCUGUGAUUCAUCAAUUCAAUAAUCCACCUGAAACUCCAAAACAACUCGGAAGAGUAUCAAUUACUGUGAGUCCAUCAGUCAAUAAAAUGUUACCACCAACAACAAUGAAACCAAUAUCUUCGACUCCUAAACAUUUGCCACCGCCCGAUAGCAUAUCACAAUAUCGCAGAAAUAUGUCAAAUCCACCUAAAUCCCCAUAUGUUCCUCAAAAUCCAUCAUCUAGCUUACGUAAUCCAUUUAAUAAUGGCCAAAUACCUCCACAAGUAAUACAGUCUAGAUCAAUUUAUAGUCAUUCCGAGAAAGUCGUUUAUGGUAAUCCAAAAGUGGAUUUACAAAUUCCAGCUCCACAGUUAAAUUCACAUAUCUCACAAUUAAUACCAUCAGCGCAUAAACCAUCAGGUGGGGAAGUAUUAGAUUUAACUGUAAAAAGCCCUCAGAAACCUAUUGUAGAAAUAAUGCGAAUACCUUCUGUGCCUUUACCCACCGCUGCUGCUGCUUCCUCUCAAUCAUCAUCCUCAUCAUAUAAAGAACCUGUACAAAAAUCGAAUAAUAAAUAUUCCGGGUAUAAUUUCCCCCCAAUGAUUGAUGGACGAGUUGUUGGUUCGAAUUUAGAAAUAACGAUAGUUGGUAAUCCAAAAAGUUCACAUAAAUCUUCAACAAUACCACCUUCACCGCAAAAGUUACAAAUCCCUCCAACAACUAAUCACAAACUAUCAUCAUCUUCUUCUUCUUCACAUAAACGAUCAUCAAAUGGUAAAUUUGUACCAAAUAAAAUGGGAUCAACGUCAGGACGAUUAGAAAAUGGAAAACAUCAUAUGAAUCAUUUAAAUAUUUCUACUUCGUUGUCACGAAGUAAUCAUAGAAAUGGAUCAUCUACCUCAUCAAAUAGUGCCAAUCUUGUAAUACCAACGCCUCCACCACAUCACAGUAGUUCAUCAUCGUCGAAUCGUGUUUCGAAAUCCGAUGAAAGUAGUAGUUCAAGACAUAAGAAACAAAUGACACAACAAGCGACAAGUCCUAGUUCACUUUUCCCAGCAUCAUUAUAUCCAAAUUAUUUACCUCAAUUAUCGGCAGCUGCUGCGGCUUCAGCAUCCAAACAUCCAUUCUUACCAAUGCUCGAUUCCUCCUUAUAUUACACAGCGGCAAUUGCACAAGGUUUAUAUCCCCCAAAUCCAAUGCAUAUGGCAGCUACUUUACCAUUAUUUCCACAAACACCAACAGCAGAACAAUUACAAUUGUAUAAAGAAUUGAUCGCACAUACAUCGGGCUUACGACUGCCAUUUCCACCGGUAUUACAAGAAAGUUCAGCAUCUAUUACGUCCGUUGGCCAAACGUCUAACAACAGUAAAAAUUAAAAUAAAAAAAAUAUUAUU